AAAAUAUCUUCCUGUUGAAAAACAAAGACUCUUUUAGUCUGGAAAAGAGAAGGUUCAUCAGGAUCAGCUGUAAAAGGAAAAAAAGUUGGAGGCCACACAACACAAAUGGAAACUAAAGCAUAUCUAAACUUGAUUUUACUGGGGACGAAAGGUGCUGGAAAGAGUAUGUCGGGAAACACAAUACUGGGACGAAACGCUUUCCUAUUAAAGAGCAGACCUGAUAGCACUGUUGAGUCUGGGACUGUUGAUGGGUUUCCAGUCAAUGUUUAUGACACAACAGGAUUCUGUGACCCAGAGCUGAGCGAAGAUGAGGUUUUUCAGAAAUGUGAAUCAGGUCACUGUGUGUUUCUGAUGGUCAUCAAAGCUGAUCGUUUCACUGAAGAAGAGAGAAAAACUGUGGAGAAGAUGGAGAAGCUGCUGGGAGAAGAACGCCUGAAUAAAACCUGGAUCCUCUUCACCAGAGGAGACGCACUGGAGGAUCAAAACAUGACAAUACAAGAAUUGCUUGAUAGAAAUAGAGGGUUGAAGACACUUGUUAAGAAAUAUGAUCAGAGAUACCAUGUGUUCAACAACAACAAGAGGAGAGGAGCAAGUGACCAGGCUCGAUUACUGCUGAUAAACAUUCUCCAGAGAUCUUUGGGGUUAAGCGCAUUAGAAGGAGGGAGACUGACCAGAGUGAUUCCUGACAGAGCAAACAGAGCAGAUGCUGAACAGACUCCUGCUGUCUGUCUCGAGUCCAGGAGGAUUGUUCUUCUGGGUCAAACUGGAGUUGGGAAAAGUGCAGCUGGAAACACAAUACUGGGACAGAAAGUGUUCAGAUCUGCAUUGAGAAUGAAAGCAGUAACCACUGAAUGUUCAGAAGCACACGCCACUGUUUCAGGCAGAUCUGUGUCUGUAGUUGAUACUCCUGGAUUCUUUGAUACAGAGAUGAGGCCUGGAAAUUUAGGGAUGGAAAUAGGGAGAAGUGUUUAUUUAUCCAGUCCUGGACCUCAUGCUUUUCUCAUUGCGUUUGCUGUGAAUAUGAGGAUCACUGAGCAGGAGCAGCAGAUUCCUCAGCAGAUUGAGAUGAUGUUUGGUGAAGAAGUGUUAAAAUACUCCAUCAUUGUCUUCACUCGUGGAGAUCUGCUGGAAGAAGAGCCCCUCGAGACACUCAUUGAGGAGAACUGUAGAUUAAGACAUCUACUUCAGCAGUGUGGAGGCAGAUAUCACGUCUUCAACAACAGAGAUCUGAAUAACAGAGAGCAGGUGGAUGAUCUUCUGCAGAAGAUUGACUCAAUGAUAGAGCAGAACGGAGGAGAACACUACAGUAAUCUGAUGUUUGAAGACGCUCAGAGAUACAGACGAGAAGAAGAAGAGAGGAAGCUGAGAGAAGAAGAGGAACACAGUGAAAACACUGAAUUUGCACAAUUCUUUACCAAGUAUGGACAUCAUUUGCGUAUGUCAGCUUUUGCAGUGGGUAGAUAUGAGCUUCUUGGAGAUGUUAUUUCAGCAUGUGUUGUGGGAGUUUGUCAUGACCGUGUUCAUGUCCAGACCAACCUGCGUGUGAUGCUUCAACAGAUCAACCACACAUCUGUGCUGUUCUACACUCUUUCACUUGUAUUCUUUAUUUAUUCAUUCAUUCAUUCAGUUAUAAUAAUUCAUCAUAUAAUCAGUUUAUUAUUCCAUUCAAUCAUAUAAUAAUUUAUAAUGAUCAUUUAAUCCAUUUAUAUACUGAUUCAUACACUCAUUAAUCAUUCAGACAUUUA